AUGGGAGGCCGGAUCGAUUGCUAUAUUGACAUUGCGUCCUUUUACAGCUACCUCGGUUUCGUAUACCUGGUCGAGAACCUGAGAACUCUUGAGUCUCAUGGCGUCCAAGUAGAGUUCCACCCCGUCUUGCUCGGCGGCAUUAUGGCUGGGUCGGGCAAUAAUCCACCCUGGUUCAACCAAACAAAGGCGAAGUAUGGGGUCUUCGAGGGCAGGAGAGCAACAGCCCGCGCAGGGAAACCAGAAAUACAGUUCCCCGAGGAUCUCAUGCCCAUGAGCCAUACUGUUCUCCCAAUGCGAGCUCUACACUAUAUCAAAGCCAAUUAUCCUCGUGAGGUGUACCAUACCACCUGGGCUCAUCUGUUCCAGAAGUUCUGGACGCCUCCGAACCUCAACCUCACCAAGGUUGACGUCUUGGCCGGGGUCCUCUCCGAGUUCAAGGAGUUCUCACCCGAGGAAUGCGAGCAAAUUUUGGCCGCGGCCAAGUCGCAGGAGGCCAAGAACGCGCUCACCAAGGCCACGCAGUCGGCCCUCGACAAGGGAGCGUUCGGUGCGCCUUGGCUGUGGGUGAGGAACGACAGAGGGGAGGCUGAGCCCUUCUUUGGUAGCGACAGGUUCCAUUUCAUAUACAAGUACCUGGGUCUGCCUCAUCAGGACAUCGCCCUCUUGCCGCCAGGGGCCAAGUCCAAGCUGUAG